UCCAUGUACAUAUAAACAAUGACAAGAAUGUCAACCAAAAAAAUUUAAAGUGCCUGAUUCUUCUUCUAAGUAGUAAAAUUAAAAAAAAAAAAAAGAAAUGUUGAUAAGAAAAGUUCUAUUCAUUUGCGCUGAUAAUGUCUCGAGAUCGGCAAUGGCCGAGGCGAUUUUUCGCGACCAAGCUAAAAAGGCCGGCGUCUUAGACCAAUGGAUUGUUGACAGUGCGACUUUGAGUCAUAAAGUUGAAGGACUUCCUACGAAUAAAUUGUUCCAUGGUAUCCUGAAACAGAACAAUAUUAAGUUUAACAAAGCUUCCAGGUCACUCUUAUUAGGAGAUUAUCAAAAUUUCGACUUCUUUUUCGGCAUGAACAAAGAAAACGUAACGUAUCUAAGGUCGAAAGCUCCCAACUUCAAUAAAGCCCUCAUACUAGACUUCCAAGAACUUGAUCCAGAUCAUAAAGAAAUAAUUGUCGAUCCUUCAGAUCGUCGUUCUUUGAAUAAAUUUCGUCAACAGUGUCAGAGGUGCUGUAAAGCGUUUUUAAACCAGUUUCAUCAUGUAAACACCUAACUAUUUAUACACAUGUAUAUGUAAUACCUACUAUGGAAUAUUGAUACACCUACCGCAACUUAUAAUUAGUAAAAUAUAUAAGACAUAAAAAUA